AUGCUUUGUGUUACGGAACUCUGGAGCACAGAAGUUCAGAGAGGGCAGUACCACCUGAACAGCAGCGCUCCCGUCCCGGAGGGGCACAUGGACAUGUACUCGGGCUUCUCUGACGUGGACUUUUCUGGCUUGGGCCUCACCAGGAACGGAGACUUCACCCAGGACCUGUCGUGCAUUGAUGACCUCUCCACAAACUCCCUGUUCUCGUCUCCGGCCGAUUCGCUGUCCGAGUAUGCUGAUGCCCAGCCUUUCAUCAGCACAGACAACCUGGACACAGUGCCCACUUUAUGGGACGUCAACACUAGCAACACCACUACCAUAAACACACCAGCACAGAGCCAGCCGGAGCUGAAGGGGAGCAGCAAGUUUCAUGGCUUGUCCAGUUUGGAUGAUAUAACCGCUAUUAUCAGCACCCCACCUUUGACAGGAUUUCAGCCACCGAAAACUGAAACAGCCGCAGAGGAAGAAGAAGAUGCAGAGGAGGAGGAGGCAGAGGAACUGGGACAUGUGGACACCUAUGCCGAGUACAAACCCUCUAAAUCCACAAUAGGAAUUUCCCACCCAGACAUUGUAGUGGAGACAAACACAUUGUCCAGUGUCCCUCCCCCAGACAUCACAUACACCCUCUCCAUCCCUGAAUCAACUGUCACCAGUGGGCUUCUGUCCGCACUGCAGCUAGAGGCAGUGAUCUACGCCUGCCAGCAACAUGAAGUGAUCCUUCAGAACAACCAGAGAGCAGGAUUCCUUAUUGGUGAUGGAGCAGGAGUCGGGAAAGGACGCACUGUGGCUGGGAUCAUCCUGGAAAACUACCUUAAGGGACGCAAGAAAGCACUGUGGUUCAGCAUAUCCAAUGACCUGAAAUUUGAUGCAGAGAGAGAUCUCAAAGAUAUAGACGCACCAUAUAUUCCUGUGCUUGCCUUAAACAAAAUAAAGUAUGGAGACACAGCUACCUCAGAAGGAGUCCUGUUUGCGACCUACUCUGCGCUGAUAGGAGAAAGCCAGGCUGGAGGGCAGCACCGGACCAGAAUCAAACAGAUUUUAGACUGGUGCAAGCCUGACUUUGAUGGAGUUAUUAUUUUUGAUGAAUGCCACAAAGCCAAGAAUGCCACAUCCACAAAGAUGGGCAAAGCGGUGCUGGACCUGCAGAACAAGCUGCCCCGGGCCAGGGUGGUGUACGCCAGUGCCACAGGUGCCUCCGAGCCAAAGAAUAUGAUCUACAUGAGCCGCCUGGGAAUCUGGGGAGACGGAACGCCGUUCAGGACGUUUGAGGACUUCCUGCACGCCAUUGAGAAGAGAGGCGUUGGUGCCAUGGAGAUUGUUGCCAUGGACAUGAAGGUCAGUGGGAUGUACAUUGCCCGUCAGCUGAGCUUCGCUGGAGUCUCUUUCCGUAUUGAAGAGAUAGCCCUAGAUGACGACUUUAAAGUGGUUUAUAAUAAAGCAGCCAAACUGUGGGCGGAGGCGCUUCAGAUGUUCAUGCGUGCAGCCGAUGAUCUGGGCCUCGUCAGCAGGAAGUCUCUGUGGGGACAGUUCUGGUCAUCUCAUCAGCGCUUUUUCAAAUAUCUCUGCAUUGCUGCAAAGGUUCGCUGUCUAGUGGAGCUGGCUCGGAAAGAGCUGCAGGCCGGGAAGUGCAUCGUUAUAGGUCUACAGUCGACCGGAGAAUCUCGCACAAGAGAAGUCCUGGAUGAGAACGAUGGACAUCUCGACAGAUUUGUUUCAGCUGCAGAGGGUGUGUUCCAGUCACUUGUCUCAAAACAUUUUCCAUCAGAGAAGCAGAGAAGAGAGAAGCCACCUGGAAACAAGAGAAAACGAAAGCCGCGGGGCCGGCAGACAAAGGUGGCGAAGCUGAACGUGGACACCGGUGGCGUGAUCAACAUCAGUGACGACAGUAGCAGUGACUCUGAUGUGGACACAGACUCCAACUCGUCCCCUGACUCUCUGGAGAAUGAUGACGUCAUCUUUGUGAACCACACCAGCUGCCAGACAGCGAGAAUAGAAGAGAUGAAACAGGGUCUUCUCACCAAAAUUGCUGUGCUCGGAAAGGAACUACCUCUUAACACGUUGGACGAGCUUAUCGACAAGUUUGGAGGUCCAGAGAAAGUCUCAGAGAUGACUGGUCGAAAGGGCCGCGUGGUGCGACGAGUGGAUGGCACUGUGCGCUAUGAGUCUCGGGCCGAGCAGGGUUUGACUAUCGACCACAUCAACCUAAAAGAGAAAGAUCGCUUCAUGUGUGGAGAGAAGGCGGUGGCUAUUAUAUCGGAGGCUGCCAGCUCUGGGAUAUCCCUCCAAGCUGAUAAGCGAGUGAAAAACCAGCGGAGACGAGUGCACAUGACGCUGGAGCUGCCGUGGAGUGCUGACAGAGCCAUUCAGCAAUUUGGUCGCACACAUCGGUCCAACCAGGUAACGGCUCCUGAGUACAUCUUUCUCAUCUCGGAGUUGGCUGGAGAGAGACGCUUUGCCUCCAUUGUUGCCAAAAGAUUAGAGAGCUUGGGUGCUUUAACUCAUGGAGACCGAAGAGCCACUGAAACUAGGGAUUUGAGCAAAUACAACUUUGAGAACAAGUACGGUACCAAGGCCCUGGACAAAAUCACCAAAGCAAUACUUGGCUACAUAGAGAACAAAGUGCCCCCUCCCAAAGACUACCCUGGGGGCGACCCUUUGUUCUUCAGAGACAUGAAACUUGGACUUAUGGAUGUGGGAAUCUUCUGCAGAGAACCUCGCUUCGGGAUCAACACUGAAAAAGAUUGCUCCAUAACCAAAUUCCUCAACCGCAUUCUUGGCUUGGAGGUCCACAAACAGAACUAUCUCUUCCAAUACUUCACUGACAACUUUGACUACUUAAUUGAGAAAGACAAGAAGGAGGGGAAGUACGACAUGGGGAUUCUAGACCUGGCUCCAGGUAAUGAUGAGAUUUAUGAAGAGAAACAAGAGACUUUUCUCACUGCUGGGAACCCUCAAGAUGGACAGGUCGUUCUUUACAAGAUCAGUGUGGACAGAGGAAUGCCCUGGGAUGAGGCCUACAGCCGGUCAUUAAAGUUGAGCAGUGCUGAUGAAGGGUUCUACCUGUCAAUCAAACCACGAGGGAAUACUCUGUCUGUGCUGCUGGCUGAACAAGGAAGAGGGAAAAACUUUAUUGUUUUCAAGCCUAAUAUCGGCAAACAAACCCACCCGGAAAACCUGGACAACCUGCAGAUGCGCUACAGAAAGGUGACUGCAGAGGAAGCUCAGGAUCACUGGGAAAAGCAGUUUGUCUUCUCGUUCAAGAAGUGCAGCCAUGCCAUCUGGAAUGGUAAGUGUAAGAAGGCAGACGAGGGCCUGGAGUGUCUCCAGGGCAUGCGGCUGAGGCAGUACCACAUGUUGUGUGGCGCUCUGCUCCGAGUCUGGAAACGAGUGUCUGACGUGGUGUCGGAAAUCACCAGCUCCAGCAUCCUGCCGAUUGUCCGCCUCAAGACCAAGAAUCACAACAAACAAGUUGGUAUCAAGAUCCCUGAGAACUGUGUGUCGCGCGUGCGGGACGAGCUGCUGCUGAUGGACGAGGAGGUGAAGCGGCGGCGCAGACAGCGGCAGCAGCAGGCUCUGGAGCAGCGUCAGGCCGAGGAGCGCAUGAAGAAGAUGGAGCAGGACAACAAGCACCUCCUGGCCAAUCUGUUCAGCAGCAAACCCCUCCUCAACCAGUCCAUCACCCUGGCCCAGAACCAGCUCCUCAAACAGAAGCUACAGCGUGGACAGACUCAGAGCCUACCGCCACUGCAGCGAAUGCAGGCCACCCACCACACCGUACAGCAGCAGCAGCAGCAGCAGCAGCAGCAGCAAUCCGCUCGCAAGAUCAUGUUGACUUUACAAAGAGGUCAAAACCAGCCCAGAACGGCACACAAUGGCUGGUCCAAUAACAACACCACUACCACCAAUAGCCAGGUCCUGUCCAAGACUAUUUCCAGCCCAGCAAGAUACAACUCCUUCUGUCCGCAAUUCUUCAGUAAUAAUUUUCCUCAGAUGAAGACGCGUCCUCUGCACCAGAACACCGGUAAAGUGUCUUCCAAAGAUCCCCUGGAAGAGAUCUUGGAUUUGACUGUGGGCUCCCCUUCCCCCUCCCCAGACACCUCAGACAACAGCAGGCUGGGAGUAGCAGGCCGCAUGAGCAAUCACGCAGAUUUUAAGGAUGAUUUCGAUUUGGAGUCGUUGAUUUCGCAAAGCGCUCAGCAGAGCACCGAGUCCGGCCUGCUCCAGAACCACAACAUUUUGAGUAACCACCAGGACUUGUUAGAUUUGUUCGACUUGGCAUUGCCCUCUCAGAAUCACACGCAGAAAGCCAGCCCUUCGUCUUCUACCUCCUCUUGUUCAUCCAGCUCAUCCGUCUCAAACAACCAUGUCUCACACAGCCUUCUGUCCACGUCUACGCUCCUAUCUCCGCCUUCUUCCCAGCCUAUUUACAGCCCUACUUCAUCCUCUUUACUGUUCGCAAACUCGCACUACCCAUCCCAGUUUCUUCUCCCGCAAACUGAACCUCUCGCUCUGACGAAUGGCAACUGUGGCUCAGGCACUCUGGACAUCCGUGAGGCGCUGAACAGCAUGCUUCAGGACGGAUCAGACCGCAAAUCUGUCAUCCAGUACCGACCACAGAACUAG